UUACUUCCGGGUUUAUCUGUGUCGAGGGACCCUAUUCACUUUCUUCUGUAACGAGUUCGAAAUUUCUAACAGCUUCUGUUUCUCGGAAACAUGACGAUUAAUAUGUUGUUCUAUUGAUGAUCUGAUUUAUCAGUCUUAAUGGAAAUCUGAUGUUAUACGAAUUCUAAAGAAAACCUGGAACAUUUUUCUGUCGAUACCUGUGUGGCUUGUGUAAGGAACCCGGAAGCGUCUUUAAAUUGGGUUUUAAUACGUGUCUCCUUGCAACUUAGGGCGUGUCGUGAUUAGAACUCCACAUGACAGAGUGACAGAGACAACUGACAGAUCCUCCCAGUAGUUUGAAGUCACGUCAUAUACUGAAAUCUGUUCACUGUCAUUGGGUGGUUCGGACAUAUCUACUUUCCGAUUUGUAUCCUGUAUAUAACUCACCGCAUCCUGCAAGGGCAGUUGACAUAAACAAACAGUUCUGAAAGCGGAGAAAUAGUUUCAAUUUUUUUGUAACAAUGCCCUCGAGUACAAGUAGGAGUUCAGGGCGAAAUCGUGAGGGAGGCACGAGACGAAGUCGAUCCAGAGCAAGAUCUCGUACCCGACACAGAGAAUCAAGAAACCAUUCACAGAGUCAUACUCAUAGCCGAUUUCGCUUCAAGAUCAAGGAGAGAAACUAUCCGGCAGCAGUAUGCAGCAUGAUGACGAUUGUGCUAUUGUGUGUGUCAAUGGCUGAACCCCGGUGGAUAUCACUACGGGGAAGGGGCUGCAGCUUAGCCGACACUAAGGAUGGCUAUCUUCACUCCCUGGGUGUCAUCCAGUUCUUCUACAGUGGCAAACUCGUUACCGUGGACAAGUCUAUACAGUACCAUUACGGUUCAAAUCCAGAUGAAGUGUUGAUAAACUGUGUGGAUAGCAAGUCGGUGCUGCUCUUCAAGAUCGUAAUCUUCUUCUGUUUCUUGACGAUUGUGUUCGGUAUGGCUUCCUUCCUGCUUGACUUAACAGGGCCAUCCGGGAGAGUUCUGCAAAGGUUUCAUCGUAAUGCAAUCUUCAGCAUUAUUACAGUGGUCCUGUGUGUGGUUAUCAACCUGUUCUGCUACUGGAUAUCUUUCCUUGUUGAAAACAUUCAGAAGAAAACCAAGAUGGAUCACGUGGAAGUCAACUUUGACAUCAGUUUCUACUUGGUGGCAGCAGCAGGAAGUGCCUCAGUGUUUGCCGUGGCAUGUAACUGUUUCUUUCAGCGACGCUACCCUGUGCGUGAAGACGUCUCAUACCAGCGCCUCAAUGAAUGUGAUGACAUGGAGUCCCUAGCAGCUCUGUACGACCAGCAGACAGCCCCACCCCAACACCUCCCCACCCCCAUAUUCUCCAUCCCCUGACACACCAUCACCAGGGGUGACACCCACCCCACAGGCGUCAGCUGCUUCGGAGUCUCUCAAUGUCAGUGUAUAGCAGGAAACCAGUCUCAGAUGAUGUGCUAGGUAAAAUAGAGAAUGAAGCAUCACAGUGUUACACAGGCUACAGCCAACACACAUUCAUAUUCAUUUUCAAAGACCUGACAUAUAUUGUUAGAGGUUUUGAGUGGAAAGAUGAUGGUCAUGAAUAUAUAUGAUAGGAUUUUAAUGAAUUGGUCACAAUAAAUGAACAUUAUAUUUUAAUCUGAUAUUUAAAAAAUGAAAAUCAGGAUUUUACAGAAACUGUUGACGGAUGUGACUUUAAUGAAGCAUGCUUUGACAAUGUAUUUUGUAUAUUUAAUGAAGUUAAGGAAGAAGUCUGUUGGCAUUGAUGACAACUAUAUAAUGUGUGGCAGGGGUUUUGGUAGGGAGGUGGGUGGGAAUGAACAUCUAAGAUUUAAUAUGUUAUUGCUUUAGGGAUGAAAGAAAUAUACAAGAGAGAAUCAUUAUUUAUUGUUUUGGUUAAAUAUUGGGAAAAUCGCUUUCAUGACUACCAUUGUUACCUUGUUUUAGAGGUUCAUAUAAUAUGGGGAGGAACAGCUCUUUUCUGUACAAAUCCCUGAAGAUUUGUGAAAUAUGUUUCGAUGGGAGAAAUGUUAAGUUUCUUAUCCUUAAGUAUAACACCAGUAGGUCUGAUCAUGCUGAUCUGAAAUAUUGGUUAAAUAAGAGCUCUUCUUGUCACAAAUAUGAUGCACUCUGCUUUUAUCUAUAUCUAUGGUACAAUAUCCAGUUUAUAGACACAGACACACACACACAGAGUACCCUUUAUGUAGCCAUAUGAAUGGUACUGUACCCUGUUGAAAGCAAUAUGUAUCAUAUUGUCCUUUUUGUAGUGCAGUAUGUAGCAUAAUGUACCCUUUGUAGGGCAAUAUGUCAUAUACUGGCUUCUUUUAGGGCUAUAUUAUCAGUGCCUCUUUGCAGGGCAAUAUGCAUCAUACUGUUUUCUACACAGGGCAGUAUCACCAUCACCACUAUUGUUACAUUCCUUAUAUGGACUGAAUUGUGUAUAUAUUCUGAGGUACCUACAGUUUACCAAUCCCAGUGAAGUGUGAUAAUAUGUAUGUAUUUUAUAUAUGUACUGAUUGAUGAACAUGUUGAAGAUCUGGAAAUUCUAACCCACAAGUUGUUGUAUUGUUUAUUGUUGGUUGUGAUCAAAUGAUCAUAUUACAUUAUCUUGUUUAUAGAACUAUAUUUUCAUAUGAUGUAGUCAGCUUAAUCUCUUUUGCAAGAUUAAGACCUUAGGAUCUGGUUACCAUGGCAACACCCACUGAAUGUCAAGCCAUGCAAUGAAACACUGUCUGCAAUGUGACUGUAAUGUGAGGAUAUGUUUGACAAUCAGAUGUGUGAACACUCAACACUUUCAUUCAGAGGCUCCAGACUGUUGUGGUCCCAACACAUGUACCUGAUUUAGUUUAUAUCUGUAUCAAGGACAAAACCACUGCUGUUUGUAAACAGUUGGAUCUUGAAAUUACCUAAAGGUCAUACAGGAAAUUAAAAAAAGGUGAAAAACAUUCAUCUGGACAUUAAGGUAAACAUCAUAUUGCCAGAUAUAAGCAUGAUUUAUUCAGUGUAUUACCUCCUUAUUGUCCAUCUUAAUCUUAUCUAAUGUAAAUGUUUCUUUGAUGUUGAAUUAUUAAUAAAGUAUCAAUAUUCAUAAAUGUGCAUCAAUACAGUAUCAUUAAGAAAUGUAGGACAUUGCGAUAUAUGACAUCCCCAGUUAAAACCGGCCAUUUAAUCCCUGAUGUGUUCCAAGA